UAAAAUUCUCUCUUAGAAUUAUUGCUAGUUCUGAUCCUAUUUAACACCUGUAUAUAUAAAGGCCUUCUAGUAGUAGCACAUAGAGUCCACCCAUCAAAUUAUAUCUGAUCAGGAAUGGCAAUUUACAUGCUCUCAAUAGUGUCGUUUUCCUUUGCUUUCUUUCUGGGUCCUUUCAUGGCUGCUUUGGCCAUAGGUAAUCUCAACCAAGAGAUUGACUUGACAUGGGGGGGUGAUCGUGCUAAGAUAAUUGGCGGCGAUGUUCUUUCCCUGACUCUUGACAAGGCCUCCGGCUCUGGUUUCCAGUCUAAGAAAGAGUAUCUCUUUGGAAGAAUAGACAUGGAAAUCAAACUAGUUACUGGCAAUUCUGCUGGAACUGUCACUGCUUAUUAUUUAUCGUCUCAAGGGCCUUAUCACGAUGAAAUAGAUUUUGAGUUCUUGGGAAACCUUAGUGGGGACCCAUAUACCGUACAUACUAAUGUGUAUACACAAGGUCAAGGAAAUAGGGAGCAACAGUUUCACCUCUGGUUCGACCCAACUAAAAGUUUUCAUCUCUAUUCUAUUGUAUGGAACCCCCAACGCGUCAUUUUCUUGGUAGACAAUAUCCCCAUACGAGUAUACGAAAAUGAAGAAUCAAUUGGAGUUCCAUUCCCUAAAAACCAGCCCAUGAAACUUUACUCAAGCCUCUGGGAUGCUGAUCAGUGGGCAACAAGAGGUGGGCUUGUAAAAACAGAUUGGUCAAAGGCUCCUUUCAUAGCAUACUACAGAAACUUCAGAGCCAAUGCAUGCUUAUGGUCUUCAGGUCUGUCUUCUUGUUCGUCAAAGACUACGAAUCCUACUUCUAGCGGCGGUUGGCAAACUCAAGGGCUCGAUGCUGAUGGUCGAAGAAGACUUAGAUGGGUGCAAAAGUAUUACAUGAUUUACAACUAUUGCACAGAUUAUAAGCGAUUUUCUCAAGGUCGUCCACGUGAGUGUCGGCGAUCUAGGUUCCUUUAGAUAAAUAAAAGCAAAGGUCUGUUGCUUGAAUAUGGGAUUGUAAGAUAUGUACACGUUUAAUUUUACUGUUGUAAAACUAAUUCUCUUUUCCAUUUUA